UGCAUUAGUAGAAGAGCGAUUCGCACAGGCGAUGAGAUUCGAUGACGAACAGCAAAGAGAAGAAAGUUAUGGAGCUGAAGAUGGCUACGCUCGUAGUGAAGGUUACGAAGACGAUGAAAGACAACAGAAUCAAAGACGUCGACCACUAAGUCGCUCAGCGUCUUCAACCUCUCGCUCUACUACAUCGUUCGAUGAUGGCCCUAUGCUGUACUCAGACUCGGCCGCUAUCCAGUCCAAGAAAUACAUGGAGCGAGACCAGGUGAAGUUGGCACUGGAGCAGGAAGAACGUACUCGUCGACUUAACAAGAUACGUGCACGUCGACAACAUUUGGAGAAGUGGACGCAGAGGAUGGCGCGCUCCCCGUUUCACGUGAACCUCGUAGCCGACAACGAGCGGCUCGAUGAGGAGCAUCGGCUUCGAAUGAUGGAGCGUGCUCGUCGUGAGCGAGAGCUCGAGCGACGAGCCAAAGAAGCCAAGAGCGAGGUGAUCUUGAAGGCUCUUACAGAGACAUCAGAUCUAGAGCUGCUGCGUCGCGAGAAGCGAGCUAUUAUCGACGAAGAGAAGCGACUGAAGGCGCUGCUGGACCUCGAAAAGACUAAUUCUCACCGUAAAACGGACCUCCUGGCCGCUCGCAACGCGGAAAAGCGUCGUCACCAGGAGAAAGAAGAGUAUCGGCGUCGUCAGCAACAGCAAGAGCUUCAAGAACGCGAACAAAGAUACAAACAACUGCUUAAAGAAAAGCUGGCGUUGGAAGACUAG